AUGUGGGCGAUAAAGGGAUAUGACAAGGUCCUUGGGAAGGAGAAUCCCGAAACACUGGCAAGCAUGGGGAACCUCGCGUUGACAUACUGGAACCAGGGCCGGUGGACAGAGGCGGAGAAGCUGGAGGUGACGGUGAUGGAGACGAGGAAGCGGGUGCUCGGCGAGGAGCAUCCCUCCACACUGACGAGCAUGGGGAACCUCGCGUCGACAUACAGGAAGCAGGGCCGGUGGGCAGAGGCGGAGAAGCUGAACGUGACGGUGAUGGAGACGAGGAAGCGGGUGCUCGGCGAGGAGCAUCCCUCCACGCUGACGAGCAUGGGGAACCUCGCGGAGACAUACAGCAACCAGGGCCGGGGUACAGAGGCGGAGAAGCUGCAGGUGACGGUGAUGAAGACGAUGAAGCGGGUGAUCGGCGAGGAGCAUCCCGACAUGCUGACGAGCAUGGCGAACCUCGCGUCGACAUACAUGAGCCAGGGCCGGUGGACAGAGGCGGAGAAGCUGCAGGUGACGGUGAUGAAGACGAUGAAGCGGGUGAUCGGCGAGGAGCAUCCCGACAUGCUGACGAGCAUGGCGAACCUCGCGUCGACAUACAUGAGCCAGGGCCGGUGGACAGAGGCGGAGAAGCUGCAGGUGACGCUGAUAGAGAUGAUGAAGCGGGUGCUCGGCGACGAGCAUCCCGACACGCUGACGAGCAUGGGGAACCUCGCGUCGACAUACAGGAAGCAGGGCCGGUGGGCAGAGGCGGAGAAGCUGAACGUGACGGUGAUGGAGACGAGGAAGCGGCGGGUGCUCGGCGACGAGCAUCCCGACACGCUGACGAGCAUGGGGAACCUCGCGUCGACAUACAGGAAGCAGGGCCGGUGGGCAGAGGCGGAGAAGCUGAACGUGACGGUGAUGGAGACGAGGAAGCGGGUGCUCGGCGAGGAGCAUCCCUCCACGCUGACGAGCAUGGGGAACCUCGCGGAGACAUACAGCAACCAGGGCCGGGGUACAGAGGCGGAGAAGCUGCAGGUGACGGUGAUGAAGACGAUGAAGCGGGUGAUCGGCGAGGAGCAUCCCGACAUGCUGACGAGCAUGGCGAACCUCGCGUCGACAUACAUGAGCCAGGGCCGGUGGACAGAGGCGGAGAAGCUGCAGGUGACGCUGAUAGAGAUGAUGAAGCGGGUGCUCGGCGACGAGCAUGCCGACACGCUGACGAGCAUGAACAACCUCGCCUCGACAUACAUGAGCCAGGGCCGGUGGACAGAGGCGGAGAAGCUGCAGGUGACGCUGAUAGAGACGAUGAAGCGGGUGCUCGGCGACGAGCAUGCCGACACGCUGACGAGCAUGAACAACCUCGCCUCGACAUACAUGAGCCAGGGCCGGUGGACAGAGGCGGAGAAGCUGCAGGUGACGCUGAUAGAGACGAUGAAGCGGGUGCUCGGCGAGGAGCAUCCCGACACGCUGACGAGCAUGGCGAACCUCGCGUCGACAUACUCGAACCAGGGCCGGUGGACAGAGGCGGAGAAGCUGCAGGUGGCGGUGAUGGAGGCAAGAAAGAGGGUGUUGGGUGAGGCGCAUCCCGGCACAUUGCGGAGCAUGAGAAGCCUCUCAAGGACUUAUGAGAAGCAGGGUCGAUUGGAAGAAGCGCAGAAGUUGGAGGCCACAGCGAAGGAGACAGAGGGACUCAGUGAGAAGCCCGGUGCAGGAGCCAGCAGAGAGUUCGUCAGAGAAUUACAGUGA